AUGUUGUCAAUCAGCCUUAUGUCAUUAUCUCGGCUCUGUCUCACUCGCCAAGGGAUUAUCCCGUGGGGCGUCGUUGCGCCCAGUGACUGUCAGCCCAACAGAAGCCCAUGGAUGCAUCUGCGACCAGCCGGAUCCAACAGCAGCCGCAAAUGCUCAUCGAUGACAAGCAUGUCGCCAUUCCAGAUUCAACGCACAGCGGGCCAUGACAUGCACCAAGCGCCAAUACCAAGACUGCUGCCUAGGACGAUAGGGAAACGGACGACUGACCAUGGAGAUGGAGCCCUGCCUGUGGCUGAGAUGAAGGGGGAGGGACCCUUUCAGGGUCCACCGCUGACCUGUCUGCCAAGAAGCCUCAUUGAGCACGCGGAGUGGGGGGAUCACUGGCCCCAGAGACCACCAUGA